AUGGAGUCCAGCAUCUCACCACCAACCAUCCUCACAGCCCUAGCAGCAACCCUCCUCCUCACGCUCACCAUCCUCCUCCUCUCCGACCUCCACACGCAACAUCACCUCCCCCCAGGCCCCCUCCCCCUCCCCUUCAUCGGCAACCUCCUCCUCCUCCUGAACCCCAACCGCAAAGCCCACGAGGUCUUCCGAUCACUCGGCCACACCUACGGCCCCAUCUUCACAUUCUGGCACGGCCGCGAACCCCAACUCGUCAUCUCCGACCCCGCCACCGCCACCUCCCUGCUCGAAGCCUACUCGGCCAUCUUCUCCUCCCGCCCCCGCCUCGUAAUGCUCUCCGAAAUCUACUACCAGGGCUCCGGGCUCUUCACGCAGGCCUAUGGCAGGGAAUGGACGCAGCGCCGCAGACUGAUGACGCAUGCGCUACGACCGGCGCUGCUGAAGGGGUAUGGAGAAAGGCAAGAUGCAGAGGGCAGUCGGCUGGUUGCUGAGCUGGCCGCGGGCGUGGAGUGGAAGGAGGCCUUUGAACGAUACGCCGCGAGUAUCAUUUUCAGCACUGCCUACGGCCGCUCCAUCAACACGCUCUCCAGCAGCGUCGUGCGCGAGAAAAAAGCUCAGGUGCAGAAUUUCCUCCAUCUAGCUGUCCCCGGACGCUACUGGGCUGAGACCUUCCCGGCUCUUAUAUACAUGCCUGACUUCCUCGCGCCGUGGAAGAAAGCAGCUCGACGCAUGGGCGACGACGACGCGGCGCUGAACCGGCGGCUGGUAGAGGAUGUGCGCGUGCAGGGCAAGAGCGCAGGAGACAGCUUGACGAAGACGCUGCUGACUAUGGACGCAGAGAAGGAAGUCUCGGGACGAGCAUUCACGCAGAUCCCCGGUGCGCUGUUCAGCGCCGGGCUCGACACCACCAUGUCUGCACUAUCGACCUUCCUCCUGGCCCUGCUAACGCACCCGCACAUCCUCUCCUUCGCACGCUCCGAAAUCGAUACCGUGAUCGGACGCACGCGCGCUCCUGUGCUCGAGGACGAGCCCGCACUGCCGUACAUUACGGCGCUGGUUCGAGAAGUGCUGAGGUGGCGGCCCGUGACGCCGUUUGGGAUUCCGCACGCGAGUACGGCGUGUUUUGAGUGGAACGGCUAUGUGAUCCCGAAGGGCACGGUGGUGCUGGCGUCUCAUUGGAACAUAAGCAUGAACGACGAAUACUACCCCCUGCCCGAACUCUUCGAGCCAUCACGUUUCCUCAGUCGCGAGCAUCCGCGUUCCAGGCCGGAGUUUAAGGGCAGAGAGCACCCGCAUAAAAUAGGGCAUAACGCUUUUGGGUGGGGAAGAAGGAUUUGUCCGGGUGAAGCCCUGGCGACGAACACAAUCUUCGUUGCGGUGGCGAAGAUGAUCUGGGCGCUGGAUUUCGAGACGGUAGAGGGCGAGACGUAUAAUGUUGAUGAUUAUGUUGGAGGACUUACUGUGAGGCCGAGGGAUUUCAAUUGUGUGGUAAAGGUCAGAGGUGCGGAGCGGAUAAAGGUGAUAGAAAGGGAAAGAAUAGAGGCGCAGAAGGUCAUGGAGGCGUAUCCACCCUAUGAUUAG